GGGACAAACGGACUGGGCGCGAAUUGGAACGAGCAAAGAGCGAACGGCUGAACGAGUGGACAUUGUCCGCGCGCGCAUACGGGUACAGGGAGAGACGCAUUCGUAGUGGACGAUCGCGCAAGUGGGAAGACGGAAGCCAUGGGAGAUAUACAACGCAUCACCAUUACGAUAUGUGGGGAUGGAGGAUGCGUCGUCCAUCACGCUGCGGCUGGUGAGAAGUCAAUGGACGCACGAAUACGACCCCACCAUCGAAGACUCCUACUCCGUCACCCGCCACAUCGACGGCACGCCCUACCUCCUCAUGCUGACCGACACAGCCGGGCAGGAAGAAUACCGCUCGCUCUGGGCCUCAUCGAACCUCUCGUCCGACGCCUUCCUGCUCGUCUACGACAUCACCAACGCGCACUCGCUCGCCGCCCUCGACUACUACGCCGACAUGAUCGAGAUGGAGGAGGAAGUGAGGAUGGACCAGGGCAAAGUGAAGCCCGUGAAGAUGGUCGUGGGGAACAAGUGCGAUUUGCAGAGUCUACGGCAGGUGGAGAGUAAGGAGGGGUGGGGGUGGGCGAGGAGGAGGGGCGCCGGAUUCAUGGAGACGAGCGCGAGGGAGAUGGUGAAUGUCGAGGAGACGUUUGCUCGUGAGUGUCGCGUUCUUGAUUCGUUCUUCCGUUUGUUCGCUGCAGUUGCGCAGGCGGAAGGAGAGGUGUACUGACUCUUUGCAGAGCUUGUGAGACGCGUGGUAGAAGUGCGCCGGCAAGCGGCAGGUGGAGGCGCGGGCGUAGAUGCACAAGGCAUGUCCCGCACGGAAGCGUUACCGCCUUUGAACGAGAAGGACGGGUCCAAGGAGCGGAAUGGUGGAGAUGCAGAUGGGAAGAACGGCUUCUGGGCUAAGUUGAGGUGUUGGUGAAUGCGGUUCACUAGCACAAGUUGUUGCAGAGAGCCCAGAGCUGCUGUUCGAAAGUGGUUGUCUUUGUUUCGAUAGGAAGGCUGA